AUGGCCUUUAAAACACUCCUCAUCUGUGCUUCGGCACUCUUCGUCCAGUCUGCUGUCAGUCAAUAUCUGGGUCGCGUCGGUGGCUGUGGUUGUGGAGGGGUUGGCAAUGGUUUGGGCUACGGUGGUAUCGGCUACAACGGCUAUAUCGGUAACGAUAUCGGCGCUGCUGGAGCUCUAGGAGCUUCCAAUGGAGGGUGUCUCAACGUCGUCAGCUCCUCUGCCGCUCCUACUAGUUUAGGUGUAGCCUCUGAGAACUCUUACGAGGGAACUGUCGGUGUCUGUGGUAAUCUGCCCCUCCUGGGUACUGCAGUCGUCACCGGCGAGUUCCCUACUGGUGGUCUUGGUGGUAUUAACUACGGCUGCGGUAAUGGCGCCGUUGGGAUCACCGCUGAAGAUCGCGCCGGUAUCGGCUACGCCGGCGGCCUCGGCUACGGAUCUGGCUACGGACUCGGCUACGGAGGCUACGCCGGCAAUGGAUGUGGAUGCGGUGGCGCCUAUUGA